AUGGCUGAAGGUAAGAUUACACCUGCAGGCAAAUCAGGCCAACUCCUGGAAAAAAUCUGGCAUAUGAACUUGCUAGCAAGAGAUGUGCUUCUAAAAAGUGAUCCAGAUAAUGAGGGUAUAGUGGAGUAUGUGCUUAGACUGAUCUCUUUAACAAAAGAGCUGAGCAGAUCUCUCAGUCAGCAGCUGGAGAACGUUACAGAAAGUAUUCAAGACACCUGCCACUUGCUGAGUGCUCUCCAUGACAAAUACAAGGAAUUGACUGCAAUUCCAGUUUUCUUAUUUGUAUUGACUUUCACUGGAUUUAACCUGAAAAAAAAAGCAUUCCAGGAUCUCAUGCAGCAACCAGAAAUAAGCAAGAAAUUUUCCAAGAGGUUUGCAGUAUACCUAACUAAUGAAGACACAGUUCCAGUUAUAGAGAUUGAUAGCAUAAGCUUUCAUAACAAAAUUCAAUUGGUUACCUUUUUUACCUCAGAGUACAAUGGAAUUAUAGAUUGUCUGCAGAAAGUAAAGGAUUGUUUGAUAAAUACAGUCUCACACCUUCAAGAGGCAGAAAAUAAACUUUGUGCUGCUAGCUGCAGACAAGAUGAUGAUUCUCAGAUCCAGACUGCUCAAAACGCUUCUAGAGAAACAGAUGUUUGUUGUUCUGAAGAAGAAACAACAGAGUCUGUGCAAGCAUCUUCUAGUCCCAGUCAGCAAUCCCAAAGAACUCCUUCCCUGAACAAGACGGAAAGUCAGAAUGUUAAUCAAAUCCAGCCAAGUGAAACUAAAACUGUGGAAAAAGAUGUUGUUGCAUCAUUAGCUGAAAACAUAUCUGCUCAAGAACAGGAUGUUAGCAGAGAACCUCCAAUGAAAAAGGAAGAUGGUGAACACAGACUACUUACAAACUCUGUUACGGAGAAAAAAGAUUGCAAUGGAAUGGAUAAACCCCAUGGAGGUAGCUCUGUUACCGAAAAGGCUCCAGAACUGGCUUUUCAAGAUGCUUUUACGAGCAGUGGGGAAGGCACUCUAUCUGGGACAUUGAAAGACAUUUAUGGCAGAACUAUCGCAAAUGUCUUUGGACAGGAAAAAAAGGCAGUAGUCGAAUCUUUGAAAGGGGUAGAAAGUGAAGAACAUAGACUGACAGAGCAAACGGAAGACAGUAAAAUGGACGCAAAUCAUGAGAUUUGUAGGAAUGACCUAAUUACCUUCACAUCUUCAGCACAAACAUGUGAUCUUACUGCUGUGAAUCCUACUAUGAAUGAUUCAGAAGAAGUACAAAAAUCUAGGCACUGGAUGAACAAAGAAUUUCUAGUGGAAGAGAGUGGUAAGAAUGAACGUGAAGUAGCUUGUUUUAUUAAAGCCCCUGCAACUGCUCUGGAGAAUCUGAGGUGUAAGAUAGUCAAUGACACUAGUUCCUUGGUGGUGGAUGAUUCUGAGGAGCUGGUCAGCAAUGUAAUCAGUGUUGAAUGCUCUGAUUAUGAGAAAACAAUCCCUUUCCCUAUCAACAUUGCAAUCCCAUUUAGAUCAUGCUUCAGCGGAAAUUAUCGGGAGAUUAUGGUGAAGGUGACUGAUGUGAACUUUCAAUCAAACUACUUAACUCCUAUUUCUUUGGAGGGAUACCACCAAGGAAACCAUAAGGAAACCUUUGCGGAAGUGAAAAUUUAUCAGCUGGGUGUUUUUUCUGUGUUGUCAUGCUUAAAGAAAGAAACAUUUACUGUUCCAAAGGUAGGACUGUCACAAAAGCUGAGUGUGGAUUCUAGAAUCUCUUUCUGUUACCAUCCAGAAACAUUCAGUUCUCCAGCACCUAUCCAGUUAAAGAUUCAGCCAAUUGAGCCAUCAUUGGUUUCGACAUUGAAAGCAAGACACGAUAUGUACCACUCAGUGGUAUCUACUAGUGCACUGGUUUACAUCCAGCAUCCUUCAGCCCAACCAUUUAACAGCUCAGUCACUAUUACUCUACCCUGUCCUCCAAACCCAGAAAAAAAAAGGCAAGGAGAUGAGACAGAACAUGCAAAAGCCAUUAGUGCUACAGUAAAGAGGGUUGCUACGGCAUACCAACCUCGGGCUGUGAGUGCUUCUGUGAGAAAAAAUGGGGAGAAUCUCAGUGAUACUUUGAAAUUAUUAGGUCACAGAAACAAAGAAGAGGGGUGGAAGGUGUUUGAUGAUGUUACUAUCCAGAAUGCACGGAAUGGGCUUGUAUCAUUUGAACUAAAUGAGCAUUUAGAAAGCUUUGUCGUCAUUCGCCUUUCGUUCCUCUUGGAAAACACGUAUCUUCUCCUUUUUGCUCAGGCUCUAGAAGAAGCUCUUUGUAGCACAAUGGCUAAUGUGAUACUGUAUCGGAAAAGAGAAAACCCAUAUAACAUAGUAGUUUUGCUAUCUGCGUCCAAAGAAUUGACCUGCAAACUUCAAAAUCUCCAUGAGGAGGGCUACUUUGGUCCCCCAGAACCUACGCAGCAGUUCCCAUUAAGAGAAGGAGAGCAGAUUCAUUUUAGAUUUAGAGGCAAUAUUUUUGCUUCAGAGAAUGGGAAAGAUUUUGGAAAAGCCUAUCGGCUGAUUUUUCAUUCACAAAGAAAACCCAGGCUGGAGCUCCAAAUUAAAGAAGUGGAUGAGUUCGGUAACCACAGUUCACCUCAUUACAAAGGAACAGCAGUGUUUUAUAAAAUUACCAGAGAGAUGAUAACCAAAAACUGGGAACAACCCUUGCCAUAUGGUGAAUAUCAACACCAGUCUCCACUGUGUAAAUUAGCACUAACGUUACCAAAGCAUGAAAAGUUGAUCAACCGUCCACGAAGCACAAAAAGAAUUUCUUCUGAUUCAUUGGAGGCCCUGUGGGACAACUUGCUAUAUUGGCUUGCAGAAGAGCUUGCAGAAGAUAAUACAUCAUUGCUUGCUUUAUGCUUACCUGUUCGGCGGAGUGUACUUCAGCUUGUUAGACUGAAGUGCCCUGAUAAUUUAACACACCAGAUCUAUGAGCUGCUUUGCUGCUGGAAAAAGACUCUUCCAAGGUCAGCUGAUAAACAGCAGCUCCUGUCUCGCUAUUUGCGGAAGAGUGGCAGAAGUGAUCUUUCAGAAGAACUUCGUUUUAAGUGGCAAAAUAAAGUGUUCACUUGACAGAAUCACUGGCAACUAACAG